AUGGAAUGGUCAAUGAUAGGGGCUUAUGUGUCCAGGGAAUGUGGAUUCCCUACACCUGCAGGGGACUUAGAUGCUGACCAUCCCCACAAAGGUGUGGUGCUGAGGGUUCAAGGCACAGCAGAUGCUCCUGCACUGGCAGAGGCUGACAAUCCAUACAAGCAAUGGACUGUGGAGGAAGUGGAAGCAUGUGCAAAGGUGGAGCAAGAUGUUCAGAUGGGAGAGGAGACUGCAGUGGAGCUCAGCAAUGAUGGUGCAGUGAAGAUGUCACACAUGGAAGUUCUGCAGCCAGCACACAAGCACUCUUGGCAGACUGUUGCUGAGAGUGAUGAAGAGCCUGCCUGGCCAAAGAUCCAUAUCCCACAUCAGUAA